AUGAAUGAUAAGUACCACCGGGCGGCUCGUGAUGGCUACCUGGACCUACUUAAAGAGGCCACACGAAAAGACUUAAACGCACCGGACGAGGAUGGGAUGACACCGACCCUAUGGGCCGCUUACCACGGCAAUCUCGAUGCACUUCGACUUAUUGUCGGACGGGGAGGUGACCCGGAUAAGUGUGACAUCUGGGGGAACACACCUCUGCACCUGGCUGCUGCCAACGGCCAUCUGAACUGCCUGUCUUUCCUGGUCUCCUUCGGUGCCAAUGUGUGGUGUCUGGACAAUGAUUACCACACCCCCCUAGACAUGGCCGCCACCAAGAACCACAUGGACUGCGUCCGUUACCUGGACUCUAUCGCUGCCAAGCAGACCGCUAUCAACCCAAAGCUGGUGAGUAAGCUGAAGGACCGGGCCUUCCGCGUGGCCGAGCGACGCAUUAAAGAUUGUGUCAAGCUCCAGCACAAGCACCAUCAGCGAAUGGAGAAGCGCUUUCUCAAAGAGGCGGCUGCGUCUGACGUCUCUGACGCCAUGAGUUUCUCCAGCUACUCCAGCAGCUCCCUUAGCCGUAGACUGCCCCAGUUCAACACCGUCAACUCCACCAUGUCCUACUCACAGACCCUGCAUUCUACAGCAAAGAGUAAAACCAAGAUCCAGAGGCGUCUGGAGAAGAGGAGACAGGGCGACAGCACCUUUAAAAUCUCUGAGGACGGACGGAAAAGCGUCCGUUCGUUAUCUGGCCUACAGUUGGGCAACGAUGUGAUGUUCCUUAAACAGGGCACCUAUGCCACCCCCCGGGAACGACCCAACCCCCGUCUCAACAUACGCCACAUGUUCCCCGGCAACCACGAUGAUGACGACGAGACCGACACAGUCUCCCGUGCCCUGAGUGAUCCUGGCCUGCAUGAGGCGGCAUACUCGGAAAUCAGCGUGGACUCAGGGCGGGAUUCGCUCUUCACGCGGCCUGGUCUGGGGACAAUGGUGUUUCGGCGGAACUACGUCAGCGGAGGACUCUUCGGCCUCGGCGGUCGUGAUGACGGCAGCAUAGUGGGCAGCGAGCCAGUGGGACGAGCUCCUAAUGUCCGGCUGCGGGGGCGUCUGCCCUUGCGAUCGCCCAGUCUCGACGAAGUCAGCAUCGGCAGUGCAUUGAGCCUACAGGAACGCAACCUACAGGUAGAGCUGCCAUGGGAGGACGGGGAUUUGGGGUUGGAGGAUGAGGAGGAGCUGGAGCCUAACACGGGGCCUUUGGAGGUGUUUCUGGCCGCUCAGGGUUUGGGGGAGUUCAUAGCCAUCUUCAGAAGGGAGAAGAUUGACCUGGAAGCACUCCUCCUGUGCUCAGAGGAGGACUUGUCCAGUAUCCACAUACCACUUGGCCCCCGCAAGAAACUACUGGAGGCCUGUCGCAGACGCGCUGACGUGCUGGAUGAACCAGAGGCCAUGCAGGACACAGAGCUGUGAAGAUGGGACUGGUUUGGUGGAGCAUUUAUAUCUGGCACUGGCAGGCCAGACAAACAUUGGAGAAAAAACAUUUCCC